AUGCCUGUGAUUGAAAUGAUGUUGGUGGUGACGUUAAUGUUUAUUUACGACGGCGACCAAAACGAAGACAACAAUGAUGACGAUGAUGAAGAUGAUGACGACGAAGCUUCAGGUGAUGGCCAUGUUGACAACAAUGAUGGUGGUAAUGAUGACAACAAUGUUGACGAUGAUGACGGUGAUGAUUACGAUGCAAACAACGACGACGAUAAUGAUGAUCAUGAUUAUUAUUAUGAUGUUGACGAUGAUGAUGACGAUAAUGAUUACGACGUUGACGAUGACGAUGAUAGUGAUGUUGACGAUGACGAUGGCGAUGACGGCGACGAUGCUGCUGCUGCUGCUUUCACUUCUUUCACAAAUUCGCCUGGUGUUCACGGUGCUGGUGAUCGUGAUAGUAGUGUUUGUGAUGACGGUGAUGAUGAUGAUCCUGAUUAUGGUGGUAGUCGUGUUGGUGCGGGUGAUUACCAUAAUGGUAGUGUUAGUGAUACUGAUGAUCAUGAUGGUAGUGCUGGUGAUGAUCAUGAUCAUCAUUAUGAUAGUGGAGUUGGUGCCGGUGAUGAUCGUGAUGGUUGA